AUGACGAACGACAUCCGAGUAAUUCUGGGCCUCAUGGUUCAGGGGCCUGACCCGAAGCUCGGCGCGAGGAUGACGGAACUGGACGAUACCAAGAAGGCGCUGGAUAUCUUCCAAGAGCGCGGCUACAAGGAGCUUGACACUGCCCGCAUAUAUGUUGGCGGACUCCAGGAAGGCUGGACGAGGCAGGCCGGCUGGAAAGAAAGGGGGCUGUCAAUUGCGACCAAAGUGUUCGCUGCACCUCUAGGAAUGCACAAGCCUGAUAAGUUUACCGAGUCAUUCGAGACGAGUCUGAAGGAGCUUGGCACGGACUCUGUUGACAUACUGUAUCUUCAUGCACCGGACCGAAGUGUCCCGUUCGCCGAGACGCUCGAAGCCGCCGACAAGUUGCACAAGGCCGGCAAGUUCAAACAGCUGGGCCUGAGCAACUUUGCGGCCUUCGAGGUGGCCGAGGUCGUCUUGACUUGUGCGAACAACGGCUGGGUACGCCCGACAAUCUACCAAGCGCACUACAAUUGCCUGGCCCGUUCCAUCGAGGACGACCUGAUCCCCGCCUGCCGCCGAUACGGUCUCCAAGUUGUCAUCUACAGUCCGAUCGCGGGCGGCUUCCUGUCGGGCGCCAUCAAGUCCAAGCACGACAACCCCACCGAAGGCAGGUUCAAGGAAUCACCAUUCCAGCAGUUCACGAGGGGCCGCUACUUCAAGGAUGGCAUCAUUGAGGGCGCGCAGCUGAUCGCGAAUGCUUCCGAAAAGGCCGGGCUCAGUCCGUUCGAGGUUGCCAUGCGUUGGCUGGUGCAUCACUCGAAGCUGAACGUCAAGAAUGGGGAUGGCGUCAUCAUCGGUUUCAGCAAUCUAGACCAGCUCAAGGACAACUUGGACUAUCUGGAGAAACCCGCGCUGCCCGAUGAUCUUGUGGAAGUGCUGGAGCAGGCUUGGAAACUGGCCAAGGGGGAAUGCGCCCUGUACUUCCUCGAGGUUCCGCAGUACACCUAUGAUGCGAAGCAAGUCCUGUUUGGGACGAAAUAG